AUGUACAAGUGGUAUGCCCGAUUUCUAGGCGGCCAACAAAGCAUCCAUGACGACAAACGCAGUGGACGUCCCAACGUAACGUCAAAUCAUGUCGCUGUGAUAAAGGAGCUGCUUAACAAUGAUCGUCGGAUAACAAUUCGCGAAAUACACGAAAGAUCGGAUUGUAGCUUUGGCACAGUGCAUCGCAUUAUUCACAAUAAACUCAAUAUGAGACGCCUGUGUGCCAGAUGGAUUCCUAAAAUGUUGACGGACGAACAAAAAGUUGAAAGUGUGCGGUGUUGCAAUCAAUUUCUCAGACGCUUUCAUAGGGAAGGUGAACGUUUCUUGCGACGGAUAGUGACUGUUGAUGAGACAUGGAUCAGCCUAUACGAAUCUGAAACGAACUCACAGUCUUCUAUGUGGAAAACUCCAGGAUCGCCUUCAUCUAAGAAGUUUAAGUCGGCCCAUCUGCAAGGAAACAGAUGUUCAUCAUCUUCUUUGACGUCGACGAUUCUAAGACGCGAUUUAAUGAGGGCGAUGAGAAAAAGGCGGGCCACGAAAAUCGCCGACACGAUAUUUCAUCACGACAACGCACCGUCUCAUCGUGCGGCCGAAUCACAGUACACAAUCAGGAAACUCGGCUUCGAAGUCCUCGAGCACCCGCCCUACAGCCCUGACCUCGCACCAUGCGAUUUAUUUCUGUUCCCGACACUGAAGAACGUCCUGCGGGGAGAACACUUUGAUGAUGUGGACGAGUUGUAUCUUGUUUCAGAGAUAAAUAAUGGCUCCUACUUUAAUAGUUUCAUGUCAUGGAUCAACCGUUGUAAAAAAAUGUGUUUCCUUUCACGGAGAGUAUUUCGAGAAGGACUAGGUGCGUGUUUUGGGUGA